AUGCCAAAUCUUUUGCUACAGCACCAGAGGAUCCACACUGCUGUACAGUUUCUGAAAAGCAAAACGGGAGCAGAGCAUCGUUGGCUGGAGCGGCAUUUCAGUGACCCUUAUGUGAAGAAGGCCAAGAAGGAGCACUAUCGUUGCCGGAGUGUCUACAAACUGCUUGAAGUAGAUGACAAAUACCACAUCCUUUGCCCUGGGCUGCGUGUGAUAGACUGUGGCACGGCCCCUGGUGCUUGGGCUCAGGUUGCAGUCCAGAGAGUCAAUGCUACGGGUUCUGGUGAGUGCAUUUAGAACAGGAGCAGAGCACAUGCGGCUCUACAGAGGUUGCUGAACUACAAUGCCCAUGACUUCUGAUCAUUGUGAUGCUGUCUGGGGUUGAUGGGUAUUGGAGUCGAGCAGCACCUGAAAGACUGGACGUUUCCCAUUCCUGAAUUAAAACUAUGGGUGGUUAGAGCCACUGCUGACCUGCCUUGUAAUCUGUGACUCAUUUCUACAUUUAGUUAUAAUUGCUGUGGGGCAGAUGUGUCACAGCAGUGUAGACACCUGGCUUUAUCACUUUCAUUUUCAAAUAAAGCCACAAGUAUUUAACCCUCAUAGUUUUGCGGUUUUUUAAAAUGUCCAAGCAGUGUCUUUUGAAUCCUUGGAGACUGGAAAAUGUUUCCCCAAGAAAUGAGGCUGCAGGACUUAUUUUGUCUCCUUCAGGACCUAUGGCCCUCCUUAUGUGGCUGAUCUGGUCAAUGCAUGGAUAUCCCCUAAAGUCCCAUGUUGGAAGAGAGGCAGGCUAUAAAUUAAAUGAAUAUAUAUUCAUUACUUGUUUCCUCCACCACCCUUGUUUCUAGUUGUCCUUUCCCAUAGUUUAUUUUAGCCUGUAAUCUCUGUAGGAGUAGGGACCUGUCUUUCUGUUUGUCUGGUUUUGUGCUUUUGAAAGCUCCCCAUAAGAUGUCAUGAUUGUCCUAUAGCUGCUUGUCUAUUUAUAGCCAUCUAUCUUUAGCUUAAAUAAAUAAACAAUGUGACACAUGAUACUUGGCUGGGAACGCUCCCCCUUCUCCCCCUUGUCUUUUAUAAAUGCUGUUUCCAUCCUUGCCAGAGAAUUCAUUUACUAUCAUGGGUUCUCCCUCUGGAAAACGAAGGCGAGGGUUGUCUCGGAGGAACUUGGUUUAAUUCAUUAAUGUCAGUAAAAGUGCUCUGAAAGCGGAAAAUGUUGUUGCUGGCUGACUCUUGAGUGGCUUGACGACAAUACGAGACAGUGAUAGAUGAGGAUGAUUUCUGAAAUAUUGAUCUUUACAGAAAGGGUUGCUUGUCAAAUAGCUUGUUAUGGGGAGGCUUGCUAAAAAUAUCGUUUAUGGGCUGGAAUGGAUUCUUGUGCCGGGCGUGGGUGAGGCUGACAGUACUUAGUCAGCAUCUGUGUAGGAAGGUUGUGGAUAGUGAAUGCGAUGAAACUUCCUAAGGCAAGUGGAGAAGGAGGUAUUCGUUCCCUGGUCUCUCAAGUCCUAGUCUGACGCUUUAGCCAUUACACCCCACUGGAUAGAUUGCACAUUUAAAGGCUGCCUUCUUAGUUUCACACUUCUGUUUUCUAGAUCCAGAUGCCCCAAUCGGCUUUGUUCUUGGAGUUGACCUCCUUCAUGUUUUUCCUCUGGAAGGAGCAGUCCUCUUACCUCGCGCUGACAUCACAGAUCCAAUGACCCAAAAGAAAAUCCAGGAAGUGCUCCCUAAAGGGAUGGUGGAUGUUAUCCUGAGCGACAUGGCACCCAAUGCUACUGGUAUCCGGCAACUAGAUCAUCAUAAGUUGAUCCAUCUCUGCCUGUCUCUUUUGGAUCUGGCUCAGCACAUUUUGGAACCUGGAGGAACCAUGCUCUGCAAGUACUGGGAUGGAGGGGAGAGCCAUCUCCUGCAAAAGAGACUGAUGCAAGACUUCCAGGAGGUGAAGACCUUAAAACUCCAAGCCAGUAGGAAGGAAUCUGCCGAGAGAUAUUACCUGGCGAAAUCAUACAAACGAGCAGCUCGCAGGGCAUCAGAAACAUGA